AUGGCCUCAAUGUCAACAUUACCACAGUCGCUAUCGCGACCAGUUCCAAAUCCACCAGCUGGAUCAUUACCUCCCCUCCCCAACCCUAAACCCAGAAAGUCCACGGGUUCCGACACGCGGGCCGCAUCCCCCUACCAAACCUCCAAACUGCGUACCCCAUCCAGCCCCAAACCAUCCCUCAAGUCACCUCUAUCAGCUUCCAACUCAACUUCCAACCUAAAUUUGACCCGGUCAGCUUCCGGUGGGCGCACUCCUAGUAGCCCCGACAAAUCUUUGCGCCGAACAAUCAGCAUCGCCUCAUUCCCUCAACCACCAAAGGCCAGCAGCCGUCCGUCCACUGCAACAUCGCUCUCGGGCAUCCAGGGUGCUACUUCUAGUGUACGACCCCAAAGAAGCUCGCGACUGAGCACAGGAACCACAAGCAGCUAUCGGAGCUCGAAGACACCAUCAUUACUCAACGGUAGUGGAGAGGGGAAAUUUAUAUCAAGCGGAGAUGCGCGAGACCCAGAGGCAUCUCCAACCCACAGUAGAAGUUCUUCCGCCCAGGGAUCUUGUUCAACGAGUGCGACGACUUUUGAGGACGCGGAUGACGCGACGGGAAAAUCAAGCUCGAAGCCAAAGGAGCUCAAAGGCAAUGUACUUGUCAGCGUGCGCGUUCGUCCCGACAACAACAGUGGAGGAGAGACCCCCGAAAUCAUGGCGAAUGAUAAUGUCUUUAAUCCACAAGAAAACAACGCCAAAGUUUAUGAUUCGGCUGCCAAACGUCUUGUUCGGCGUGUCAUGGAGGGUUAUCAUGGAACGGUCUUUGCAUAUGGCAUGACGGGAACCGGAAAGACUUUCUCUAUGCAGGGAACAGCAACUUCCCCCGGUGUAAUCCCGCUCGCAAUCACCGACAUCUUUUCCUUUAUCAGAGAAACCCCCCACCGGGAAUUCUUGCUGCGGGUCAGCUAUCUGGAAAUUUACAACGAGAAGAUUAAUGACCUCCUGUCCGCUUCCGCUGCCAACGUUCCCGCGGGAGCCCAGCAGGAGGAGAUCAAAUUGAGAGAGGACAGCAAACGAGGAGUAUAUGCAACGCCGCUCAAGGAAGAGAUCGUCCAGAGUCCGACACAAUUACUGCGAGUUAUCGCCCGAGGUGACCAUGCACGACGAACGAGCAGCACGCAGUUCAAUGCGCGCAGUUCUCGAAGUCACGCGGUGGUUCAAAUCGUGGUUGAGAGUCGAGAGCGAGUGCCCUCCGGCAGCUCUCAAGAUAAGCGCGCCGGGAUUGCCCCGGGUGGUGUACGGGUGUCAACCUUGAGUCUGAUUGAUCUGGCUGGCUCUGAACGUGCAGCUGAGGAUAAGGAACGCCGCACAGAAGGAGCUCAUAUCAACAAAAGCUUGCUCACUCUGGGCACCAUCAUCUCUCGGCUCUCGGAAAACAAGGAUAAGCAAGGCAACCCCACAGACCGCGAUGGGAGACAUUUGCCUUACCGAGAUAGCAAAUUGACCAGACUCCUGCAACCAGCCUUGUCCGGUGGCUCGCUGGUGAGUAUUCUGUGCACCAUUCAACUCACGAGCGCGAUCAAUUCGCAUACCGGUGAAACUCUGAAUACCAUGAAAUUCGCUGCGCGGGCGAAGAAUAAUAUUGUCAGUCAUGCCAAAAAGGCCGAGGAGGCAUACGGCGGCGGCGGCGGUGAUUCAGGAAGUCGGGUACUUCUUGAACGGUACCGCAUGGAGAUCCAGGCUCUUCGCGGUCAGCUUGACACCCAGGCCAAAUCCCAGGCGGAGAAGGAACUCAAAUGGGACGAACAGCAGUACGAAAAGGAAGCACAGGCCCGACACGAAGAACAGGUGUUGGAAAUGCAGUUGGCUCGGACUGCGCUUAAAGAGCGGAUCGAGCAUCUCAAUCGUCUGAUCUUGAGCUCCAAGUCCACCGGUGUCAACAACCAUAACAGCCUCUCUGCGUUUGGACGUCUUUCCCGCAUGUCUACAACGGAUUCGGGUACGCGGUCACUACGUUCUUCUGCCAGCCAAUCUACACUGGGUGCCGGCCAUUCAUCGAUCCGACCCAUCUCGUUUAUGUCUGUCAAUAGCAACGAUCCCUCGUCAGCUAUGCCAUACCCAGGAGGUUCGUUUGGCAACGAGGACGAAUAUGACCUUGGAGAGUUUGGCGAUGGCAAGGCCAGCCUGCAACGACAGAUCACUGCGCUGCAGGCUGAUCUCGGCGAUAAGAACCGGUACAUAUCUACCCUAGAGCGUCGGUUGCUUCAGGCAAGACGGUCCAGUCAUUCACGAAUGUCGGGGGCUAUUAAGCCCGCGAAUCCCACAAUUGCCGAGCAUCCAGAUGUCUCGGCUUUGGUUCGUGAGAAAGAUAUGGAGAUCAAUGAGCUCCGAUUGCAGCUCGAUGAUAAGGACCGGAUGCUUGCUGCGCUUCGAUCCGCAGCUCGGCAUCGAGACCUGGCUGCUGUGACCAAUGACGCACAGUCACCGGAGCUGAAGAGCAAGAAUGGAUCUACUACCGGAGAUGCAGACAGCUUCCCAGGAAACAAUGGCUUCAUCGCGCAAUCUGAGAGUCCAGGCAAGCGCCCUUUGUCUGGUGAAAGUGAAAAGGGCGAUGCGGGGAAGAAUAUGGACGAAGUCUCACGUAUGCUGGAGGAAAUGAUCCAGGGUCGAGCAGAAAGUGGGCAAAGUGCUAAGAACAGAAGCAUUGCCAGUGAUAGCCGACGAGUAUCCUCAUCAGCGGAGGUGCCGAGUCUAAACCCAACUGCUGCCUCAUGGGAUCCAAACCUCAGCUCGCCAUUCCGAGGAUGA